UCGAUAUUACCCCAUUUCUCUCCUUCUUGAAACCCUAAUUUUUCCCCCAAUUUCCUUUUUCCGUUUUCUUCUCCGGCGACACCUGCAACUGCGACCGCCAUGGAUGCAGGCUCCUCUACUUCCAAGAAACCGAAGCGAAAAUUCGCUCCAAGAGCUCCGCCUCCCCGACGGCCGACCGUUCCGCCUCCGACGGCGGAUGCUGAUGGCGAGGAGAAAACAGCACAGAUGAUCGCCAGUAGUUACGCCAUUGGCCGAGUAAAACCCAAACCCGAAAAGAAGGCUUCUGCUGAAGUUGCUUUCCAACCAACAUCGGCAUCUCUCCCCAUAGCACCGGCUGCUGUUCCUGAAGAUGUCGGUAAAUGCAGUGAUCCGGACCUAAAAUCAUCUCCUCCUGCUGAUGUGCUUGCCACUGUCUCUUCUGCUGCUAACCAAAAGGAUGGAGAGGAGGAGACAAUUACUGUGGAUGAUGGUGAUGCUUUAUUAGUUCCGGAAGCCGAGAUAGAUUACGUUGAACCUUGGGAUCCUCGCAAUCCCUACAGUCCUAUCACUCUUCCUUUGAGAAAGCCUUCCUCUGGACAUCAAGAACUUCGUGAUAAGGAGGGAUCCGGAGUUGUUGCAAGAUAUCCUGUUACUGACGAGAGCACCCUCAACUCAGCGGAGAAACUUGGGCUGACAUUGGAGGAGGAAAACGGAAAACGAAAGAUGAUUUUCUUCCAGCUUCCGGGUCCUCUCCCCGUGAAGAAGGAGUUGGCAGAUGCAAACAGCGAAGAAGAUAACACGCAGAGAAGAAGCGCCUUUGAUGGGUUGAAAGAGGGAUUCAUGGGCAAAAUGUGUGUUUACAAGAGCGGGGCUGUCAAGUUGAAGCUUGGAGAUAUCCUCUAUGAUGUCUCACCAGGUCCAGACACUUUCUUCGCUGAUACUGUCGCAGCAAUAAACACGAGGAAACGAGAAUUCGGUAAUCUUGGGUCCACCGAGAAAAUGGCUACCGUUACUCCCGACAUCGUUGCUCUUCUGAACUCUGAAGCAGACGUGGAAGCCCGGAGAGAGCGAUGAAGAAGCUAGUUGCUGUCCAUAUAGGCUCUGUUAAGUAGAAACCUUUGUCCCAACCAUGGUGUCAUAUAAUCCUUUGGCAUUCUUAGAUUAGAUGUAUCCCCGAUGAAUCCGUACACUCUCUGUGAGUCGGCUGUCUUGUAGCGAGCUUGUCUCUGUCUCUAGUUGUUAGAAUCUAAGGAUUUCUGGACAAAGAGAAGAGAGCCGGGAAAUGGUAUGAAAGCGAGGGUGGGUGCGGGUUGGGUAUCCGGAUCUUUGGUAUUCGGUCUCGAUCCUCGUCUACAUAUUUUUUUA